UCAUGGAUAUCGGCUUCAUUCGCUGCAAUAGAGCAAGGACUUGUAUCUACUCUAGCACGAAGACUCUUGUAUCUGCUCUAGCACGAAGACUCUUGUACCUGCUCUAGCACGAAGACUCUUGUACCUGCUCUAGCACGAAGACUCUUGUAUCUGCUCUAGCACGAAGACUCUUGUACCUGCUCUAGCACGAAGACUCUUGUACCUGCUCUAGCACGAAGACUCUUGUACCUGCUCUAGCACGAAGACUCUUGUACCUGCUCUAGAACGAAGACUCUUGUACCUGCUCUAGAACGAGCAGGUGCACUACUUGCUCUAUUAUUUCUCUUCAGUCUCAAGAGCAAUUCAACGAUCUGUUUUAAAAUUCACAACACUUCUGUGCUAGAGCAAAAUAAAGAGGACUCUAUCAUCUGUAGAACCUCGACACUCCUUUGUUACGGUACAGAGGACUCUAGGAUCUGUUCUAGAAUUAAAGUGCUUUAUGUUAUGCGCAAACAGGGCUCUACUUCCUGCUCUUGAACCUCGACACCUAGCAUAGGUGUUUGAGUAAGAGGACACACAAGAGGGACCUUACUAGACGUCACCACAAGAACAGGCAAGAGCGACUUGUGUACAGGUGUCCAAGGAAAACGGCAGAGGAGGCUUGGAUAGGAAGAAUCGAAGGAGGAAGGAAUAGUGAGGUUUGGAAAGGCGGGGAGUUUGGAAACACAGGCGCGAGAAGCAGCCGUUGUAGCGGAAGCAUUGAAGGAGGCGACGAAGACGACGAGGAGCGUGGGACAAGCCUGAAGGAAACGAGGGAGGGAGAGAAAGGCUGAGAAGACUGACCAGAGGAAGAAUCGUCAAGGAGGACAGAAGAUAAUGAGCGAAGGUGUGAUGCGAGCGGUGGUAGUGAUGGCGGCCUUGACGGUGCUCCUGGGGGAGGCGAAGACGGCCGCAGGAGUCACCUGCCUCCCAGCUGAGAUGAUCGCCCCCUGUACCUGCAAGGACAAGUCCAGAGGUCCAAGCAUAGCGUGCGAGAACGCGGACGAGGCGCAGAUCCGCAACAGCCUGAACGUGCUGAAGAAGAACUCGACGGUGAUCUACCGCCUCAUGUUCCGCAGCUCCAACUUCCCGUGGGUGCACGACUACACCUUCCUGGGGCUGGACGUGCAGCACCUCACCAUGAGCAGGACCAACAUCUCCGUCGUUGGGGAGUCCUCCCUCAGGUCCCUGGCCCACACGCUCGAGACGCUCGACCUCUCCUACAACAACUUGCUUGCGGUGCCGACGGUGGCGCUGGAGCACCUUCAGAACCUGUCCUUCCUCAACCUCAACUAUAACAUGAUCAAGAUCCUGGGCCAGGCGGCGUUCUCCGGGCUGCGGGCCCUCGAGCGCCUCUCCCUCUACGACAACCAGAUGCAACACGUCGAGGAGAACGCCUUCUCCGGCACCGGCGACAAGCUGUUCCGACUCAACCUGGGCAAGAACCACCUGGAGGACGUGCCCAACCUGCAGGCCCUGACCAACCUCCAGGUUCUCACCAUCAGCGACAACCACAUAUCCAGUCUCCGGAUGGGCAGCUUCAAGGGGCUCAAGAAGCUAGACAUGCUGAUGUUGGAAAAUAACAAGAUAAGGACGUUGGAAGCGAACGUGUUCAGCGAACUCUCGAACCUCAACUCGCUCAACAUUAAGCACAACCACAUCGCCAACAUCAGCCAGCAAGCGUUUACCGGACUCGAAGAUAACCUGGAGUGGCUGGAGCUGGGUCACAACCGCCUCGACCACAUCCCGUCCCACGCCCUCCGGACCCUAAAAAACCUCCGCCAGCUCGACCUCGACUCCAACAGGAUAGUGGAAGUACCUGAGGACGCCUUCGAGGGUUACGGGGACAGCAUCAAGUUCCUCAUGUUGAAUCGCAACAACAUCAAGAACAUCCUGCCCAUGACCUUCUUCGACCUGCAUUCACUGGAGUGGCUGAAACUGGCUCACAACGAACUCACUCACCUCACCGAAGAAGCCAUCCAGCCCAUAUUCGACACACUCACCAUGAUCGACGUCUCCAACAACCCCCUGAAGUGCGCGUGCGAGCUGAUGUGGUUGAGGUCGUGGCUGGAGGCCUUCACCCGGCGGGAGACCUACAAGUCCUUCUCCCAGCACACCUGCGUCAGCGAGAGCAGCAGCAGAGUCCAGGACAUCCUCGAGCUGAAUGCCGACCGCCUCGGCUGUCCGGAAUACACGGCCGAGACCACGGCGAGAGCGAUGUCGUCUCCAGUCGCGCCGGGCGUCUCUGUCGUCCUGGUUGUGGUCUCCCUGCUGGUCCAGUAGGCGCAGGAGGGCCCCGUCACCACCCCCCAGCACCUGCACCACCAUCCCGUGUACUACAACUGUCUUCCACCCCCUCUCUAUAGUACUUCAAGUAUCUACGACCCCCUCCCAAGUACUGAAACAGUGUUGGAUCCGCUCCUUAGUACUACAACUGUCUACGACCCCCCCCUCCCUAGUACCACAACAGUGUAGGAUCCUCUCCAUAGUACUAAAACAGUGUAGGACCCCCCUCCCUAGUAUAACAGUGUAGGACCCCCUCUCUCCCUUGUGCUAAAUCAGGUGCAGGAUCCCUCUUCCUAGAACUGCAAAAUGUAGGGCACAUCCCUAGUAUUUCAACACGUGUAGGACCACCUCAUUUCACAACAGGUGUAAGAUCUUCUUCAAUGUAUGAGUGGCUUCACUAAAACAGUUGCAGAAGAACUCUACUACCACAACAGCUGUAGAAGGGCCCCACUACCACAACAGCUGUAGAAGGGUCCCACUACCACAACAGCUGUAGAAGGGCCCCACUACCACAACAGCUGUAGAAGGGCCCCACUACCACAACAGCUGUAGAAGGGCCCCACUACCACAACAGCUGUAGAAGGGCCCCACUACCACAACAGCUGUAGAAGGGCCCCACUACCACAACAGCUGUAGAAGGGGCCCUACUAUAGCUAUAAGAGCGCUCCACUGCCACAACAACUGUAUUCGUGGGCCACAAAUGAGCAAUGACUCAGGCAACAGAAGAUCCAAGAACACGAACCGGUUAGUUCUCAAACCAGUAUCUCUGUAGCAGAGGGAAACACAACUGCACACAUUUCUAGCACCCCCAUCCCCGCAGACCAGGAGCUGGACCACGACUGGUCUGCGCCUCAGGUCUGUUGAAUCGUAUCCAACGUCUUGGUUACUUCUUAGUGAUACUAUGAAACCUAGGACCUGAGGCCAUCUGUAAUUCUUAGUAGCCUAAAGUCUUAAUUGUAAGUAAGAAAUACUGAAUUGUUUUAUAUGUAUCGCAAAUUAUAUAAAUUAAAAUAAAAUAAUUUGUUAAGGAUAAAGCUUCAGCUAUUUAUUUAGCUUUACAAAUAAAGACUAAUGUAUUUUGUCAUUGCAUUCUGCUAUUUAUUUGUUUCUUGUGACUAAUCUACUUUACUUUCUUGUACAAAUAAAAUAUAAAAUACAGAUAAUUAUAUAAUACAGCUUUUCUGCAAAUAUAAUAGCGAAUAAGGUGUUUUAUUUAGUAAUUUUUGCUAGGGCUGUAAUUGCUGUAUGUUAUUGUUAACAACUAUGUGAUAGAUUGUAACCAUCAAUAGCAUUAUUGUUAUUAUUAGUAUUAUUAAAGUAGAAACAGUUUGUAGUUAAUUCGCUCAAUGUUAAGUAGUGAUGGCACUGUAUGACGUCAUAUGCUCGGGCUGUCAAGACAUCACAAAUCAUGUCUUUUGUCACAAGAGACGUCACGAUUACAUCACAAGCUUAAGUGACGUCAUUACGUUACACGCCUCAGUGAUACCAUAACAGCUCUGGUGAAUUUGCCAUUAUGACAUUACGAACAA